AUGUUGGAAGAAAUAAUCGCUUGUUUCUUGUCAUUGUUUUCUGCCUUAACUUUGGAUCCGCCACGACUUUCUCGGAGAGAAAUGAACGACAAUACAAGUGCAUCAGAACAACGUACACGCUACACAUGGGAGGAUAAAAUUCACAAAGAAUACGUCUCGUUUGAAGAAGAUAAUCUACCAUCAGAAACAGAGUAUGUACAACUAGGGCAUGAACUGCGAAACAGGCCUAGUUAUAUCCAGUCAUUACUCAGAAGUUUGAGGGCGAACUUUACCAUAACCUUAGCCGUACUGCCUUUGGCACUUAUAGGGAUGGCUCUUAUAUAUUUUGAUUUAAGAACAGUUGAUUUAUGUUCUGAAUGGGAGGCUAAAAACUACACUUUUUCAUUUGACAUUCAGAGAAUAAAGUUAAUCGGCGAAGGAUUUCAGACAGCCAUAUUGUAUCUCGCGGGUCCCUUGUUUUUGCUUGUCUUAUUUGGUUGGAGAGAAUUUAAGCGUUAUUAUUCCUCAACGAUACUAGUAGGCCAACUGGCUGGUUUAUUUAAUACACUAUUUUUAAGUUUUUUACUCCUAUAUGGUAUUGAAGAUACCAGUCCAAUCAAAGCUUACAACGUUCCUGGAAAUUUAAUAUUUGCUGUCGCUACUCUCUGGGAAUCUGCAAUUGUGAUGCGCAAUAUUCGACAAAAUCAUCCAACUAUAUCCUACUCACGUCGCCAUAUUUUCUCUGUUCUUGCAGUACCGGUAUUGAGCACCUUGGCAAUGGCAGUGUUUUACAAAUACGCGGUUGUCAAGUGGUUUAAUUCCCUCCGCCAUAAUGUGUUGUAUAAAUUCAUAUUGGCCAUCUUGACACCGACCUUAGCAUUGGUGCCGACUACCAUAUGUAGGCAUAUGGCAUUAUGGCGUACUUCAGAGAUUAUCGAGCCAGAACGAAGCUUUGCGUUGGUUUAUUUCGUACGGGCAAUGUUCAUUACUUUGUAUCGUAUCAUGCAAUCAGACUUUAAGAAUAUUUGGCUGUUUGUUGGGCUAUCUUUUCUAUCUGGUGUCUCGAGUUUACUUAAAACAGCGACUGUCGGUAUUCGUGAGAAAGUAUGGGCGCGAGUCAUCAGGUUUCUGAACAGAACUUGCUGUACAAGACUUCACCAUUUGCCAGGAAACACACCGCAUCAUAGGCGGCUUAAAGCAGACACCGAGAUACAAAAUAUACUUUUUGAGAACAAUUCACUGAUUCUAAGCCAAUCCUACAUCGUUUUAUAUACGAUUACAAACUUUCACCUCUCUGAUUGGUCUGUCGUGAAGUCAUCUUUAACGAGAAUUGCUAUUGGAUUAGUGAUUGAAUUCGUGUUCAAUGUUUUGUCUACUUUUAUUCACAUACAAUGGUAUAAUAUUCCCAUAGCGCGAGUGUGGUCCAAGUAUUGGAAACGACAUGUGUUUGCUAACGCAAUCAUUGUUGCAGUUUUAGUAUACUAUUUUACUCAACCCUUGCUCGCAGUAUUUCAAGAUCGUUUUCAUGAUUCUGGUACAGGGAAUUAUACUAUUAGAACUAAUUGUACUCUGCCUUAUGAAUACUGGCGUUGA